GGGUAAUAUACGUGACGUCAUCGCGCACAGUGAGUGCGCAUGCUUCUUUGACUGAGCAGGAGAAAGCUAAACAAGCGAUUCUUAUGAGCAAGACAGGCUUUUGGCAGUGUUACGUAAUUGAAAGUUUAAACCAUGGGGAAGUCUUUAUCUCAUUUGCCACUGCUUAACAAAGAUGACAGCUGUACAACUCCAUCUGACAUAUCAGACCGGAAUGGAUUGGCAGAUGCUCACGAUAAAGAUGGAGGACAUGGUGAUGUGUCUCAAUUUCCAUAUGUAGAAUUCACAGGACGGGACAGUGUCACGUGCCAAACAUGUCAAGGAACAGGGAGAAUACCUAGAGGCCAAGAAAAUCAGCUUGUUGCAUUGAUCCCGUACAGUGAUCAGAGGCUGAGACCAAGGAGGACAAAGCUGUACGUGACAGUUGCAGUGAUGGUUUGCCUACUUCUUUCGGGACUGGCUGUUUUCUUCUUGUUUCCACGAUCUAUUGAUGUAUCCUAUGUAGGCAUCAAGUCUGCCUACGUCAGUUAUAACCAAGAUCAGCGUAUUAUCUAUCUCAACAUUACAAAUACCUUGAACAUAACAAACAAUAACUACUAUUCUGUGGAAGUGGCAAACAUCAGUGCGCAAAUUCAGUUCUCUAAAACUGUAAUUGGAAAAUCUCGGUUGAGCAAUGCUACUUCAAUUGGACCUCUAGACAUGAAUCAGAUUGACUACAUGGUCCCUACAGUAAUUGCUGAUGAGAUGAGCUACAUGUUUGAUUAUUGCACAUUGCCAUCCAUAAAAGUACAUAAUAUUGUUGUCAUGAUGCAAGUAACAGUGACAACAGCAUACUUUGGCCACACUGAGCAAGUUUCUCAGGAAAGGUACCAGUAUGUGGAUUGUGGAGGAAACACUACUUACCUGCAUGGGCAUUCCAAGGUUGUAAAUGUCCUACAGCCACCAGAAUAGAACUGACUUCUACACUGGCUUUUCACAGAUGGGGAAGUACAUUUUGCAAGGACCCACAAAAGUUUGACUGUUUAGUUCUUAAAAAUCACAUAGUUGUUCUCGCUGUGUUCACGGCAUAUCUUCACUAAAUUAUUAUUGUUGUAAUGUUUUACAGCGCUGUGUUUUAGAUCUUCGUGUGAGAUGCCAGUUUAAAGUCCUAUCAGGCAUAGGUUAAAAGAUCUAACAGUCUUCUUUCAUUAUACCUAUGUGUUUGAAUCUUCCUUUCCAUGGUACCUAAAAUAUUUAUAUGCACUUUGUCAUAUUAAAAUACAUUUUUUAUAAUGAAUUUGUAGAAUACAAAAUAAUUGACAAACAUUUAUGCAGCCUAAGCAUUUAGUAUCCCCUAAACUGUUUCCUCACUUGCAAGGUCUCGAUUUUUUUUUUUCUCGCUUAGUAACUUGCCUAGCAAAAAAGAAGUACCGUAUUCCUUCAAAUUUAAGACACACUUUUUUUAACCAUUUUUUAUCUUCUAAAAAAAUGGCCUGCAUCAUAAAUUCAAGUACAGUAUAGUGAUACAUGUAUUAAAAUUGCCAACAAAAGAUGUGACUGCCCGAGUACACAAAGAGCAACAUGACUGACUGGGAGUUGAAGGGUUCCCUAGUAGUUAUCCUGCGGAGCGGACGCUCUCCUCCUCCAUGUAAACAUUGCUGCGUUAAGCAGGUGUAGGCUCCCUGGGCACGCCCCCCAGCCAAUCGGGACCUCCCGAUCAGCUCGGCUCCGGGCAGCCUUCCUGUUUACCACAGCAGCAACGUUUCAUUAUUAGGCUCGUUUCUAAUCAGACCCCUGUAUUUUUCUACUUGCCAAGCAAUACCACACUUCACAAAAAGGGAGAAAAACGUGUGCAAGUAAUUGCAACUGAAAAUGAGAAGCAGCGCAUAACUGUAAUGCUCCGUGUGUACGAGUAAAAGAUGCAUUUACAAAGAUGCCCCUCGCGUUGAGGGUGGGAAAUUUGGGCUGCGUCUUAAAUUCAAGGGCGUCUUAAAUUUGAAGAAAUACGCUAGGUUAACUCUGCAUAGUACUGUUUACUGUUAUGCUGACUAAAGGAAUUGUCAAUGGCACUGAAAAGAAAAAAAAACAGCUACUAGUCUUGAAUACAAGCUUUGGGGGAAACAAUAUUACCAGUAAUCUGACUGAUAACUAUACAUGAUGUGUGUAUUGCUGAUAUUGGCUACAUAUUACAGCGUUUAAUACUAUUUUUCAUUUCAGAAGUUACAAAUUACUUUUUACUAUUUUUUUUUUAAAUGAGUUUACUGACCAAAUUAACAGGUGUUAUAAAGUUUUAUUCAAAUGUAAAUUAAGUGUGAUGUGUUUUAAUGUGAAUUAUUAGCUUAAUUGCCGUGGAAAAAUUAUGCACUGAAAGUUGUGCUUGAAUGAAUAUUUGAAAGUGUUUACAGUUUAAAUUGACACAGUUAUUUAACAGUUAUUUAAGGGGGUAGGAUGGGGAUAAUUGAUUUCUGUACUGAGCACUUGAUGGUGAUAAUCAUUCUGGGUAACCACUUGUUUGGUAUGCUCCUGCUGUACUGCAUAUUUAUAAUUUCAAUUGCAUGUUUAAAUGGCUUUUGGUUUAUGUUUUAUGCCAAAAUACUGGAAUUCUCUGUGUAAGAGGGUGUGACUAUUACUUUGUGCUGCAAUACCUAUUUCGGAGUGUGCCAGGAGGCACAAAUCAAAAUCCUGAUUAUGAUUUAGGUUUCUUAAUGUGUGGAAUUGUUGUUAACACACUCGUUUUUAGGUUGUAUGUUCAUGUGUAGUUAAUGUUUACGUUUGUACAUAUUAACACACCACAGCACUGACAGACUUAUCAGUGCCCAAUUGCUACAAACCUGCAUUCAUGUAAUUGUUAACAUAGGUAUUUUAGAACUACAUUGUGGGGAAGGUGACUAUUGUUUUCUAAACAUGAUGAAUUUAUCUUAUUUUUGUAAUGCAUAUCUCCUUGAUAUAACACUUUGCCAUGUUUGGAAAUAGGUACUGUACUGUAUGUUGUUGGAUAAAUGUGAGGUAUUAAAAAUAAAUAUAAAUUUAGAUAUAUAUAUAUAAAUAUAUAAAUUACUACAGCUUGGUGACAAGCCUCUUAUAUGGGAUGCAUUACAGUCUAAUGACAUUUAAAUACAUCCUACUGUAUUUACAUUAAAAUUCCUAAUAUUCUAUUAAAGAGAUUAAGAAUAGAUGCAGAUUAUUAUUUUAAAAAGAAAACCUUAGCAACACUGGAAAGUUACUUGCAUACCACAAGUUGGUGCAUCUGGCCUACAUGAUUUAAUAAACAGUUUGCACUACAGUUUAGCAUACUAAUAUGGUUUCCUUCCCUGUGGUGUUGAUGCUCUAUUUUAGGUACUAGUAGUUCUUGCUAUUAACACUAGGUGGAGUGCUGCUACAAGGCUGGGUGUUUAUGGUACACUGGCAAAAAAAUAAAAUCUUUUUUUUAUAUAAAUUCCUAUGUGUAUUUUGUAAAAUAAAAAAAUCUGUGUGAAAGA